AUGAACUCACGUCAAGGCAACUACUAUUCUGAGAGAGAGUCAACCUACAGCAGAGGCAGCUAGAAGCAAGCUUAUCAAGCUGAAUACUAGGCACAACCUAGAUAGAGCCAGCUACUUCCCAAUGAGAUCAGAGUGAGCAUGAAGAGCAGAUUCAAGUUUGUGGUCGACAAUGUUAUGUAGAUUCUGAGAGAAGGAUACCCCAACUGCAAAGUUGUCGGUCGCGGCAUGGCAUGCUAACUCACAAGUGAGGUCUACAGCUACUUCAAGAGAAACUUCACAAACUUCAUCUAUGAGUGCAUGAAUGCCAAAGCCCUCAACAAGGUUGGUGAGGUAGUAGAUGAGUUCCACUUGCUCAUUUCUAAGAGAGACUAAAUUUCAGAGGCUGCUACUUAGUCAGGAUAUCAAAAGAGAUAUCCAAGAGAGGUGGGUCAGCAAAACUCUCACAAAUCUGGCUAAUUUCAAGCAAACUCAAUCAAUAAUGGCUAUCGCCAACCCAGAUAAUUCCAGACCUAUACUAACCAGCAGCAAGAGAAGAGAUUCAAUGGAUAUGGAGGCUAUGGAAAGUAAGGCAGAGAAGAUGCACCAUACUCACUGAGACAAAGAUAAAGAUCUUAUUCUGGUGAGAAAGGCAAGACUGAUGAUCUGCUUCAAGCCAAUCAAGUUGGAAGAGAUUAGAGGAGAUACUACAAGGAUGACAAUGAGGCAAGAGGUCAAGAGAAUGGAUACUAGAGAACAUUCAAGGGAGAAUACUAAGGGAAAUCCCAAGCUCAAUUUGAAAGAUCUGGCUUCUCAAGACCAAUGAAUGGUGGGGCAACCUCAAAAACCAACAGUAGCAUGACAGGAGUUAACAGAGGCAAUCAAGGACAGCAGAGGAGAGAACUCCAGAAGUACUCAGAUGGCAACGGCUACUAUGUUCCUCCUAAUGAGAACAACAAGUUUCACAACUAAGGAGAGAGAGGCAACUAGAGAAAUGGCUAUGGAGAUGGCUACAGAAGAAGCAACUACCAAAACUCAAAUCAUAAAAACAACCUCACCUUUGGAAGAACAGGAUACAACUAGAGAAACAACAACAGCAAUCAAGGCUACAAUACUGGAGUUUCAAGAUCUGACUAGGAAGGCAAGAACUUCAGAGAGAGAGGCCAGCCAGAGCAGACCACUGUUUCACCAUUGAUUGAGUGA